UUUGUCUAUUUAGUUUCUAAUAUUACGUAAAGUUUGACUUUUGUCGAAAACGCAGCAAACACAGCCCCAAAAACCAUCAACGACAAAACAGAAAAUUAUUAAGUUACAUUUAUUUUUACAGGAGAAUGAGUUACUAAACAAAAAUUCAAAACGAAUCCAGACGGCAAGGAAAUUGAACAAUAACUAAACUAAAAGAUAUACACAAAAACAAACAACUUGGACCCCAAGUGAAAGCGGAAGUGGAGCAAAAGCAGACAUUAUGCCGGAUACGAAGAACAAAGGCGAUGGCAAACAGAACAGAGGAAAGAUACGCACGUCCAAGAGCAAGGGCGAUGGCGGUGGUGGCGGCGGAGGGGGAGAUGCUGAUGAUUUUGAUGCCUGGAUGAAGUCACGACAAUUGCUAAAACCGGAUGAUCAAUUGGAUCUAACUGAGGCCGAAUUGGCCGAGGAGGUGACAAAAGUGCUGACACCGACCAAUACGAAUGUGGUGCAUAAUUUGGUGGUGUUUAGUUUCAAAGAGGGUGAAUUUGUGCCAGCUCCGUUGCCUGGGAAUACGGUGACUUUGAUAAGUUUUCCGGGUAAUUCGUUGCAUGUGGACUCGGAGGAGGCACGUCGUCAGGCAGAGGAAACUGAUGAUGUUGCCUAUCCAUUGCCUAUGCCCAAUUAUUCGUUGGUCGAGCAACGUGAUGCCGAAUUGGGUGAGGGGGAAGAAGGUGAAGAAGGUGAGGCCGAUGAUGAGGAUAAAAUGGAGGAUAAAGCUCUUGGUGGCGAGGAAGAGGAAGGAGAAGAGGAGGAGGACGAAGCUGGCGGCAAAUCAGGUGUCGAUGGUGAAGAAGAUGGCGAGGCAGCUGGUCCGGAUGAUGAUGAGCCAAGUGAGGCUCAGCCAGCGGCAGCAACAACUAGCAAGAAACGCAAGUUAAUCAAUCAAUUUAAUUAUUGUGAACGUGCCGCUCUGACCUUUACUUACCCCAAGCGAAGCGUGGAUACCCAAACCAUUCCACCGCCACGUUCACAAUUUGGAGCAAAUGUCCUUCAAUGGGUUAUCUAUGAUUCGUAUUUGGCCGAUUUCGAGGAACAACAGAAGGAUAAUCGACGCGACGAUGCGCGUAUUGUCAAACGGGGAAUGCGUCAAAAGAAAUUUAAGGACAAGUCCGCCAUGGCCGAGCAAUUGAAUAAGAAAUAUUUGAAAUGCUGGCAAAUCCUGGAACGUAUGAUCAAUCAGAAUAUCUAUGAUGAUAUUGCCAAUGAUUAUCGCUAUUGGGAAGAUCCGGCCGAUGAGUUUCGUGAGGGUGAGGGUAAUCUAUUGCCCCUAUGGAAAUUUCAAUAUGAAAAGACCAAAAAGAUGAGUGUCACCGAUAUAUUGUUUAAUCCAAGUUACUAUGAUCUAUUUGCCGUUUGUUUUGGUUCACAUGACUUUAUGAAACAGACAAAUGAGGGUUAUCUUUGUCUAUUCACGGUGAAGAAUCCGUCAUUCCCGGAUUACAUAAUUCAAACUGAUUGCGGCGUCAUGUGCUGUGAUAUACAUCCUACUUAUCCAUUUCUGGUUGUAAUUGGCCUCUAUGAUGGCAAUGUUGCUGUCUAUAAUUUGCGUGGUGAUUGCAAACAGCCUUUAUAUGUCUCCCGAGGUGUCAAUUGUAAGCAUGGCGAAUGCGUUUGGCAACUCAAAUGGGGUCCUGAUAUGACCGAUGGCGAGAUUAACUUCUAUUCCGUAUCAUCUGAUGGAAGAGUGUUUAAUUGGAUUCUAAUGCAAAACAAAUUGUGGGUAACCACAAUAAUUACAUUGUACCUGGAAGAUGGCCUAGUCGAUGGUCCUGAUGGCACAAAGGUCAGUCUUAAGAGUGGCGGCUGCUGCAUGAAAUUCCAUCCGGUCGAUCCCAAGAUCUUUCUAGUGGGCACCGAAUGUGGCUACAUCUACAAAUGUAGCACAGCCUUCAGUUCCAAGUAUUUGAUGACCUAUAAUGCUCAUAAUAUGUCUGUUUAUCGCAUCGAUUUCAAUCGUUUCAAUUCGAACAUUUUCGUCUCUUGCGGUGGAGAUUGGCGUGUUAAGGUCUGGGAGGACAUGAGGGCUGAUCCUCUCUUCAUAUUCGAUUUGGGUUCAGCGGUGGGCGAUGUUAAAUGGGCUCCAUAUUCCAGCACCGUAUUUGCUGCCGUGACCACCGAGGGGAAAGUGCAUGUCUUUGAUUUGAAUGUGAACAAGUAUAAGGCCAUUUGCAUUCAGGCUGUGGUUCCCAAACGUAAGAAUAAGCUUACACGUCUGGCCUUUAAUGAAAAAUUGCACUUUAUAGUCGUGGGAGAUGAAAAGGGUGUAACCACUUCCUUGAAGUUAUCGCCUAAUUUGCGUGUCAUGGUCAAGCCGCCUAAGAAGCAAUUGUAUUUGGAUCAGACCACUUUGCAAAUAUCCAAGCUGGAGAAGCUUUUAUCCUUGGUCAGGGAGUUGCCCGAGGGUAAUAUUGAGCCAGAUACAGCCACCACAGUCCGCAGCUGAGCAUCAAUGAUAAUUGUAUUAUAUAUAUAUUAAUAAUAUCGAAGUAUUUGCUAUAUAUAAUAAACCUAUUAUGAUUAAAUGUAUGUACAUUAAAAAUGUA